AUGGAGAUAUUUGCAUUGUAUGUAACAACACCAUCAACGUUGAUGGCGUGUGCACGGACACCCAAUCAAUUCACUGCACUUCAUUUGACAAAGUGUGUGUCAUAUGUGAGAGUGGCUAUUACAAAGACGUUGAUGCUUGUAAAUAGAAGACUGGCGCGUUGUCAAAUUGUGGUGUUGUCUCGUCGCUCAACACCAAAUGUGUUGAGUGCGAGUCUGAUUACAAUUUCGAUGGAUAUUUUACCCUGUGUCUACUGUUCAAAUCAGACAUUCUGCACAAAGUGCGACGAUUACUCGUAUGCAAACAGCAAAGGCGUUUGCACUGAAAUCAACGAACUUGUUGCUGUGUGUGACGUGUUGAUGUCCACAUAUCGCGGGUGUGUAGUCUGCAAGGGAUACAUGCGGUCAUUCGAUGGGUCAACGUGCAUUGACUGUGAUGAGUCAUGUAAGACGUGCACAAACGAAGGAAACUGUGUUGUGUGCAAUGACAAAUUUUAUCGCACGUCAUCAAAUGUCACCAAAUUGUGUUCGCCACAAAACGAGUUGACUUUUUGUGCAAACAAAACAACAGCUGGUUGUAUGCAAUGUGAAAGUGGACACUAUCUCUCAACAAUUUCCAUCGAGAAUUGUGUUGAGUCUGCCAACAACAAAUGUUCAAAAUGUGAUGAUAACUACAAGUUGAGUGACGACAUGUUAAGUUGUAUACACACAACAAAUUAUGGUGUUGUAGUUGGCAUUCCAAUUGUCUCUGUGUUCAUCAUAGUACUUAUUAUCAUUAGUAUUAUAGUGGUUACAAUUAUUGUAUUACAAAAGCGCAAAGAAACAAAGAAAAUGGAGAACAUCUGUGUCUUUAAAAUGGGUCGUUCAAACAUCGCAAUGAGUGUGUUAGACGGCAACAUUUUAACAAAUAAAAAUUCGCUGACAUUUAAUGACACCAGUCAAGUCAUUCCCGUUGAAAAGGAGUCUCGUGAACUUUUCUGUGUUGGCAACAAAGGCAAAGGCAUUUUGAAAGUCCAAAUGACAACACGUGGCGGCUGCGACAAAUACUCAAUUCGCACCGAGCCGCAAUUGGUGACUUUAAAGAAAGGCGAGGCGUGCGAGUUUGAGGUGUUUGUGACACCGCAUUGUUCGUUGAAAUUACACGACGAGAUGAUGAUAGUCACAAUGAACAUCGAAAACAGUGAGACUUUGUCUGUCCCAAUUGCCAUUGAAAUCACAACAGAAAACUCGACAAAAUUAGAUUACGACGAGUUGAAAGAAGACAAGAAACUUGGUGAAGGAUCGUUUGGAAUUGUUUACAAAGGAAGUUACAGAGGAAAUGUUGUUGCUAUAAAGAAAAUGAAACAGUCAAAUGACACAGACAAACUCAUCAAAGAAUUUGAGAACGAAGUAUCAAUGUUGGAUAAGUUUAGAAGUGAGUAUAUCGUCCACUUCUAUGGCGCUGUGUUCAUACCAAAUAAGAUAUGUAUGGUCACCGAAUUUGCACAAUAUGGCAGUCUACAAGACUUGAUCAAACACAGAAAAAGUGAACAAAUUCCGCCAAUGAAAAUUCGAGUUUAG